AGAGAGUUUGUACAGAGUCGCCGACAUGACCGAGACCGCAACUGCUGAAGUCGCUCCUCCAGCGGCGCCCGCAGCAGCAACCAAGGCUCCCAAGAAGAAGAAGAAGAAGACGACCGCCCGGACCAAGCCAGCCGGUCCCAAAUUGGGCGAACAGAUCGACAAGAUUGUGGCGGAUUGCCGCAGUCACCGAGGGGUGUCCAUAGUCGCGAUAAAGAAGGAGUUGGCCGCUAACGGCGUCGAUGUGGAAAAGCUCAAAAGUCAGAUAAAGAUGGUCAUUAAAAGGAAAUUGGAAAGCGGCUCCCUGGUUCACACCAAGGGCGCAGGUGCCUCCGGCUCCUUCAAAGCCGCUAAAAAAGGCAGUACCGCCAAUGUCGUGAAAAAAACGAAGAAACCAGCGGCCAAGACUUCUCAGGCCAAGAAGCCAGCGAUCAAGAAAACUGCGGCCAAGAAAGCAGCAAAGAAAUCUCCCGCCAAGAAACAAAGUGUUAAGAAACCGGCCGCUAAAAAGACGGCAGCUAAGAAACCAGCGGCGAAAAAGGCUGCGCAGAAGCCCAAGAGCCCCAAGAAGAUUUCAGCUCCGAAGGCGAAGGCGCCCAAGAAAUCGGCAAAACCUAAGCCGAAGGCGAAAUCCGUGAAAGCCAAGAAGACGGCGACCAAAAAGUAAAUAAAAACCGCAGCUUUAAACACCUGAGACCAAAGGCUCUUCUAAGAGCCACUCACAUCUCCCAGGAAAGAGCUGGAAAAUACAGGUCUCUCUCUGCUCUACUACCCUAACGCUGUAUCUACUUCCCUCUCCGUCUCUCUCGGGCAGUUCGGGGCGAUGUUAUAAAAGGAGACAGCGCCGUCGGGUUGCCUUUGAACAGCAAUUUGGAGAAGGAAGAGAUUUAAUUAUUUAGUUGUAGUGAAUGUCUUGAAGAU